CUGAGAGGUUGCUUCGUCCGAUGCGUGAAGGAUCAGGCGUGUAUCGGGGCGGGGAACUCGAGGCCCUCUGAACCAGGCAGACAGUAUAUACAGUAUGUAUGAAUGUGGGAAUGAUGUAUGAAACAGGAUGCCAAGAAGCUUUGUUUUUAUGCCUUAGUCUUGCCCUUGGGAACUGAAUUGGAAAAAGAAUACAACAUGAAAAUGCUUCCUGGUGUUGGGGUAUUUGGGACUGGGAGCUCAGCUCGGGUGCUAGUGCCUCUGCUGAGAGCUGAAGGCUUUUCCAUCAAGGCACUAUGGGGGAAGACUGAAGAAGAAGCAAAGCAACUAGCUGAGGAAAUGAAUAUUUCCUUCUACACAAGUCGGACAGAUGAUGUCUUGCUGCACCAGGAUGUGGAUCUGGUUUGCAUCAACAUCCCUCCACCACUCACACGACAAAUUGCUGUGAAAGCUUUAGGUAUUGGAAAGAAUGUCAUCUGUGAGAAAGCUGCUACCUCUGUGGAUGCUUUCAGAAUGGUCACAGCUGCCAGAUACUACCCCAAGCUCAUGAGCAUUGUAGGCAAUGUCCUGCGUUUUCUACCAGCAUUCAUCAAGAUGAAGCAGUUAAUAGAAGAACACUAUGUGGGCAAUGUUCUGGUCUGUGAUGUGCGAGUGUACUGGGGAAGCCUUCUCAGCCACAAGUACAACUGGAUUUGUGAUGAACUGAUGGGUGGGGGUGGCCUGCACACAAUGGGGACUUACAUUAUAGACCUCCUCACUCACCUGACAAGUCGAAAGGCAGAGAAGGUUCAUGGGUUACUGAAAACCUUUGUGAAGCAGAACUCUGCCAUCAAUGGCAUCCGCCAUGUCACAAGUGAUGAUUUUUGCUUUUUCCAAAUGCUGAUGUCAGGAGGUAUCUGUAGCACUGUGACUCUGAACUUCAACAUGCCUGGGUCAUUUGUUCAUGAGGUCAUGAUUGUAGGGUCAGCAGGACGCCUUAUAGCACGGGGGACAGAUUUGUAUGGCCAGAAGAACACUGCUCCCCAGGAAGAACUCCUGUUUGCAGACUCUUUGAAUGUCCAUGCAGGCCUUUCAGAAAAAGGAUUCAAAGACAUACCCCUUCUGUACCUCAAAGGGAUGGUGUACCUGGUGCAAGCUCUGCGUCAGUCCUUCCAGGACCAGGAAGACCAGCGAACCUGGGAUCCCAAGCCAGUUGCAAUGGCGGCUUCUUUUGAAGAUGGCCUCUAUAUGCAAAGUGUAGUAGAUGCUAUUAAAAAAUCCAGCCGGUCUGGGGAUUGGGAAUCUGUGGAAGUAAUGACUGAGGAGCCAGAUGCCAAUCAAAACCUCUGUGAGGCAUUACAGAGAAAUAACCUAUAAUAGAAAUAUUCCUAAUGAGCAGAAUAUUGAAUAUGUGCAGAAAACUUUAACAUGGAUACAUUUGUUUCAUAUUCAGGGGGUGGGAGGAGGUAUAAUGGGGAAUUAUAAUUGCGGGCAAAACCUCAAAGGAAAUCCUUUUGGUUUUUAAACUCAUUUAAGAGCAUUUUAAAUGUUGCAGAUUUGUGUCACUGUUUUUUUUAAAGCUAAACCUUUUGAACUUUGUAUUGUUAGGAAAACUUGAAUUGCCCUUUGCACUUAGAAGUAGCUAAAACGAAAAGGUGGGAUUUCUACCAUUGGGGACAAGUCUGUCUCCCUUCUGUGCACAGCUCAUGUAUUUUGCAGUUUGAAUGUAGCACUAGAGAUGGUUGUUUAAGAACAGGAAGACAAGUUACCCUUUAGGAUUCUUCUUGAUGUGGUAAAAGUGAGGCAAAUACAGAAGUAUGGUCCUUAAAUAUUUGUAGUCUCUAUAGCUCAGUAUCAAACUAGGUGGUGGACAUGUAUUUUCCUGUAUCCUCCCUGUUCACACAAAACCCCACCUGUAACAGUAAAAAAAAGUGUUCAGGAAAAGGCCACUGACCUCUCCCAUGCCUUCCCUUCCUCUAGUCAUUUGUUUCAGCCAUUUUGGUCUGUCCCUGGCUCUGAUUCCAAAAGUGGGCUGGAAAUGGAAAAAGUUGUUGGAGUAGUGGACUGAGAGGAAGAAAGUGUGCAAGGGGGGAGGAUUGAGCAUCCUCCUUCCUGCAUUCCUUCUGUUAUAUUUUCAUCCUACAGACUUCCUGCUUUACAUAUGAGCAGGGUUGACACACGAAUGACAACCACAUCCAUCUAGUCUGUGCCUCGGUACCGAAUACUUCCAAUUUAGUCUCUGCCUUUGAGACUAGCUGUUCUAGAAGUCAGUUGAGUGCUGUGUGGCAUUCACCUGCUGUUUGCACGUGUUGGUGCUCCUUUCCCAUAGCAGAGACUGAAGGCCUCUUGCACUUCUUUUCCUGCAUUCUCUCUUGCCCUGCUCAGUGCUGCCAAAUGCCGCCAAUGAUUGCUUGGUAGCACAGAAGCCAAAUCUAAGUCAGUGAUUGUUGUUUAAUGAAGCAGGUAUUCCAUCUGUUAAGGAAUAUGAAGUUGAUAAGAAAAGGAAUAUUCAGUUGCUGUUUUCAGCUGCAUGCUGACAGGGGUAGUUGAUUUAAUCGAACACCGGACGAUGUUCCCUAUCCCUUGUCCUGACUUGUAUCCUGUGGGAGCUGUGGUGCUUCUUGCGUAGCAGAUCAUAGUGCACAACUACCAGAUCUCAGAGCUGCUCUUCACUAGGCUGACACUGAGAAGCAGUAGCUAAUUUUUGUAUAAAUAAUACUGUUUACUUGAAUGUUUUUAUUGUUUUCCUACUUCGUUUCCCUACUAGGUUUUAAUCCUGUACAUUAAUAUAAAGCAUUAAUAAGCAA